AUGGAUUGCCCCGAUAUUAUAUUAUUUAUAUACAUAUAUUUUAUAUGCUUUCUGGCUUGGGAAGUGCAGGGCGAUUGUCAAAUUUUGCAAUAUAUGGUAGAGCAAUCCAAUGGAAUCUUCACCUAACGCGAUGCGAACGGAUCUAUCCAGCUGCAGCGCUUGGAAACAGUUCCAUCCGGUGUCACUCUAUUCAUAUAUUGCAGUCCUUCGGAUUUCAAGGAAACUGUGUGCCAGGACAAUGGACAGUUCUCGGUCCCGCUGCCCAUGCGCUGUUUAAAUCCAAUGCAACCGGUGACCAAGCAUAUUCGCGAUGGGGAUUGUGCGGGGAACCUGUAUGCCGUGGGAUAUACCAUAGAUGGCAAGGAUCUGGAGCUGUAUCGCACAUGUUUCGAUUCCGGGCAGGGAAGACUCUUGUACUCGCAGAGCGAUGUCUACUACAAAACGUUUUUUCCGAAGCGGCCGUUUGUGGAGUUUGUGGCGGAUGAGAUGUUCAGUCCGCAGGAGGCUGCUGCUUAUAUGAAGUCCAACGUCUAUUUUGCGUUCAAAUGCAUUUACGGUGAUGACCAGUCCUACUUGCGAAGUGCCAACUACUUGGUGAUUAAUCGAGGACAUAUGGUGGCUUCGGCGGACUUCCUGUUCACGGACCAAAUGGACAGUACUUUCCGUUAUCUGAAUGUGGUGCCGCAAUUCAAGUCAAUUAACGAUGGCAACUGGGAGAAAAUUGAGAGAUGGGUGCGCAGUCAGAUCCCGAAGUCGUCCUAUUUCCGGGUCAAGUCCGGCGGAAUUGGCAUCUUGACAUUGCCAGACACCAGGGGCUUCCUUCAGUCGGCUUUCCUCGCCGGCUCCAAGAUCCCGGUUCCCGAGUGGACCUACAAAGUGGUACGGGAUGCCACCGGAAAUGGGCUGUACGUAUUUCUCACUUACAAUAGUACCUUCCAAAGGGAGAGGCCCCAGUGUCUGGCUAUUUGUUACCCAGUUAAUUGCCCCAUUGCCCUCCCGAAUAACCCCGACGAUGGAUUCACCUUCUGUUGCGAUCCCAAGCGGUUCCCAUAUUAAGGAAGGAGAAGCAUUUAUGUAUAUUUUAUCCAGGGACUGCUCGAAAUUAAACCCACGUAAUA